CUUAUUCGAGCACGAUUUCGUCCAUCUCCGUCAUGAAGUUAAUUCGGUUACCCCGUCGUCAAACAGGGGCGUGGAUCUUAAUCGGCGAUACGUAUGGCGCGGCGCUUGCGUUAGCGCGUUUAGAGUGCAAGAAACACCAAAGUCUACGUGCAGUCAACGAAAUUCGUUUAGCGGUAUAGCUGUAUGUUGUAUCUAUAUGGGAGUCGGGCAACCCGCGCGCUCCGACCGUUGCCCGUCACCCCUUUCCUCUUCGCCUAUCGGUUUCGAGCUCGCUUUAUCGCUCGUUAGACGCGUUAGUUCUCUUCUUAACGCGGAACUUUCGACCUCUCCAUUCGCUGGUGAAUAAAACUUAGUUUAUGCUCGACCCUGUCGUCGGUGGGAUCGGUGGAGGGACCAGCGGUCGGCCCAGUAGACGAUCGGCUCGGUGGAAACGCAUGGACUCACGAAUCACCGCCGACGAAAAAAGAACCGACUCUGUUCUCGGACAUCCGUUAGCCAAACGAAAGCCAAUCGAAAACCUAGUCAACAAUGGCAAUCGCAGAUAACAUGGAGGCGAAAAGAAGUUGCAGCGAUGUUUUCAGCGCGACGAACGAGGACGGAGGCGAGGUCCAGCGACCGGAAGAUAACUCCAAUUUAAACGUAGAAGGGAAUCCCCUAUUGGAACCCGAUCGAAAGUUCACAUCGGUGAUAAUCGACGCUUCAGUCGCCAAAUUGAAGAGGACGGACAAGGACGAGGACGAUCACGCAUCGAUGAAUAACUUAAGAAAGGAUACGGAAACCGAUGAACGAAACGUCGUUACUCCGCCGGAUGGCGGUCUACGAGCAUGGAUGAUCAUGAUCGGUAGUUUCGUUAUCAACGGUGUACUGUUUAGUGUCAUUAAUUCGUACUCGUUGAUCUAUCUGGAGCUGCAAAAGCGACUGUUAGAAUCCGGCGACAGCUCGGCGUCCGCGAAAGCGGCUUUGGUGGGAUCGCUAACUAUUGGCACUACGUUCUUUUUGUCGCCGAUCUCUGGGAUACUCACCGAUAAAAUUGGUAUCCAGAUGACAACUUUUCUGGGUGGCGCUUUAGCGUCCAGUGGUAUGCUUCUCUCAUCAAUAUUUUCUAGCGAGGUGGCAUUACUCUACUUGACCUAUGGAGUUAUGUACGGACUCGGUGCAAGUCUCGCCUACACACCGAGUUUAGCGAUUUUGGGACAUUAUUUUAAGAGGUAUUUGGGUUUGGUCAAUGGAAUCGUCACUACUGGAAGUUCCAUAUUCACUACCCUCAUGCCAUACUUUAUGGAGGUCCUACUACGUCGUUUCGGAUUAGACAUCACCUUGAGAUGCUUGGCUGUCCUCACCGCGGUCAUCAUGGCGUGCGCGGUACUCUUUAAACCGAUUCCACUCAACUCCGACCCUCGAGAUCAAUUAAAGACCAAAACAAACUUUCAAUCCUGCUUGAAGGAAGUCGUCAACGUCUCCAUUUGGAGGAAGAAACGAUACGUAGUUUGGGCUAGCUCUAUUCCCCUUGCUCUGUUCGGGUAUUUCGUACCGUAUGUUCAUAUAGGGAAAUUUGUUCAGAAGGUAUUUCAAGGCGACGAAAAGCUUCCGAUUAUGUGCAUCGGUAUCACCUCCGGCAUUGGUCGGUUAGUUUUCGGUUAUAUCGCCGACUUGCCUAGAGUGAACAGAAUAUUGUUGCAACAGAUAUCGUUCGUUAGUAUUGGCAUUCUCACGAUGCUCCUUCCUAUUACCCCUUCGUUCACCGUGUUAUUAGUCAUAAGUCUGGCUAUGGGAUUGUUCGAUGGAUGCUUUAUAUCUCUUCUGGGACCGAUUGCCUUUGAUAUAUGCGGUCGAGAAGGAGCAACCCAGGCCAUUGGGUUCUUGUUGGGCAUGUGUUCUAUACCGUUGACCGUGGGCCCACCGAUUGCUGGUAUUCUCUAUGAUCUCACCGGUAGCUAUGAUCUGCCAUUCUUCCUAGCUGGCAUUCCGCCAAUAGUAGGGGGACUUACGAUGUUCCUAAUAAAGUUCGUUAAAGACGAAGACCAUGACUCUGUCAGAGAGAACUCGGAAAAUAAGGCAGCUUGUCAGAAUGGUUGCUCGAGCAUCGACUUUCUGCCUCAGUGCUUCGUGGCUACUCUUAAACACAUGUGCGACUCACAGGAGCAACCGAGCUGGCAGACGAUGCGUCGAAACGUGCGCAAUCACCGUCAAAGAUGCUGCGGAUUUAGGGAAGUCAACGUGUGCGAGGCACACGGGACGAAGUGUCUUGAUCGUCACCGAUAUUCGGAGAGCGUGCCAUUAUUGUACGGUGAGAGCCAAUCGCUCAGACUGAACGGUGACUUCCAAAGGACGGCUAAGUCGUCGAUGUUGCUCACCUUCUAGUUUAUGCACAAACGUAACUUCGAAUAAAUUGCAACGGUGGUAUUUUUUAUUGCCAAUGCUUUGAAACGCAACGAAGGGUUCUCAUCUUGCAGACGAUGUUCGUAUUCGUCAAACAUCAAAUCGAAAAAGAAAAAAAAAAAGGAUAAAAAGAACCCAUCGAAGCCGCAAUCGUUUAUCUAUUAAAAUAUUUUGAUGUCGACUAAUACAAACAUUCCACGCAAGAUCGAUCCCCGUUAUUGCGUUUUGAAACUUCGGAUAAUUUGAAGAGGUAGCUCCGAUGAGAGCAAGAGUUGCUUGGGUUGCUGCACCUAAAACUGAGAUUUUUAGGUAUAAGGAAAUACCUUAAUACCUUCAACUGCAGAGCAAUUUAGUAUGGAGUAUAUUUUUAAAGUAGCGAUAGAAACAAUAGAUCUGAAUACUACCAUCACAGGGAGUAGUCUAUUUUUUAACUUUUGUCCGGCCGUAGAAAAUUCGAUUCCUCGGUGUGCGUAAAAAAUGUUAGAAGAGUCGUGAAUUUUAGUGGUUGAAAGGAUGUAAAAUGGAGUUGAAUCCUGAUUGGAUCCUGCAAUUUUAACGUGUUAUCGACGUACCCCGAUAGAUUUUCUCUGCGUUCGUCAAGGUUUGUCGCGGGCAGACCGAUGAUCGGAUGAGUAGCAAUUAUCGUAGUUCAAUGAUGUCAAUUUAACUUCAAUUUGAAAGAUUUCUAGACAAUGAUGGAAUAAUUACAGGAAAAUAAACGUCCAUCCUUAGCUUGUUCCAUUCGAGAUUUGAUAAGAGAUAUUCUAAUUCGUAUUUUAAGAAGAGAAUUGUGUUGUUGUCAAAUACAGAUGGGUGUAAUGUAGCUCGUAAUUACAUAUCAUGCAAUUUUAUUUCGUAAAUAUUUCUCUUGCAUAAAGAAAUAUAUUUAACGUUGUUGCAUUACGCGUUAUAUUACACCCUUGUUUCUGCACUCAGCGUUAAAAGGCGCUGUUCCUCGAUUAUCGAUAACAUAUGAAAUAUAAAUCCAUGGGAAUAACGACCCUGAUAUUUUUUAAACGUGUACUCUACGAACCACAUUAUUUUUGUUGGGUGCGAUUUUUUAUACUGAUUUUGGUUUACAAGCACACGUGUCUUGUACGAAUAGACCUGUACAAAAAUACAAUGACAAGACUAAUGUGGUCUAUUUGUGGAAGCAUUUUUCACCGAAUUAUAACUACGCUGACAUUUACUUUGACCUGCCACUCACGUUAACAUGGCAUUUAAAAUCCAACGCAACUAUUUCAUUUUAUAUUCGACACUCGAAUGGCUGCCUGGUUCAAAAUCGAACUUCGUCAACGGAAAAUAAAAUGGUGACAUCGCUUCACUGUCCGUGCCAUACAUACCUUUUGUAUUCUCAACUUUUCUUACAACAAAUCAAAGGUUACGACUGCUUGACAGGAAUUUUAUUUUCCGUUGUUGGAAUUCACAGAGAAUCCUUCUUUGUUUUUUCUAAAAUUUUCGUGUAUCGCGAAUAUUUGCAAUAGCGCAAGGAUUUUAUUUUUACAUGACUUAUAACGUAACUUGGAACGAGACAAUAUUUCAUGUUAAGCUCUCUACUUUGUUACUCGCAUCGAGAAGAUAUUCCCAUGUUUUACAUCUUGAAGUUUUCAUUUCUAUUACAUAUUUGUUCGUAAGGAAUGUCUGAGGCAUUUGUUCAUUCUGUUUAUUUAAAAAUUUGUGACUAGUUAUUUAGCAAGAAUCAAUGUAAUCUGAUUUUCUCUAAUAAUAAUUUGUAGGCUCGUUUUAUUAGCGUUAACGCGAGAAAAAGAAAUUACUAUUUCCAGAACAUUGUAUAUAAAAUAUGUAGUUUAGCGUCAAGUUAUGAAAGACUAAGCGAAAUAAAGAAGCAACAAUGUUACGAGAAUUGUGUCAAUAAAUAAAUCGAUCCUUUAUAGAGUAUCGUUUCUUACUAUCUAGUAUGUACGUUUACAUACCAUGCAAAACUUUACGUUUACGUUUCAUUGCGUUUGCAGAAUCAUUUCCGCUACACGUAACUCGCGGUUUGCAUAUUUUAUUUAAAUUAAAUGUGCAUAACAAUGUGAGAAUUACUCCACGCACCAAAAUUUGCAAAAUGUAUUGUAAUAUUACAAUAUAAUUGAUGUAAUCUGCAAUUAUAAAGUUAACCCUA